AUCCCGGAUUGGAUCAUGAGAAAGAGCGGAUGUUGUCCUCCGUCACUUCCGGCCCGGUGUACACCUGUAUGCCGGUGGGCGGAGCUGUGGGUGCCGCGCUAGCUGAUGUACAAGGGUCAGUCUAGUGAGCGCACAAGGAGGAUGGCGGGGUAUCUGCAGCCGGAAGGGAAGAAGGCUCAGGACCUGAGGAGCGUGCUGGUGACCAGUGUGCUCAACCUGGAGCCGCUGGAGAAGGAUCUGUUCAGAGGCUCUCAUCACUGGGUACCCGUCACCAAGAGGCUGUUUGGUGGGCAGAUCGUUGGACAAGCUCUGGUGGCAGCUGCCAGUUCUGUACCAGUGGAAGAAAACGUCCACUCCUUACACUGCUACUUUGUACGAGCAGGGGACCCCGAUAUUCCAGUGUUGUACCAAGUGGAGAGGACAAGAGAUGGCCGAAGUUUCAGUGUUCGUUCUGUAAAAGCCAUACAGCAUGGUGUCCCAAUCUUGACAUGUCAGACUUCCUUUCAUCGCAACCAGGAGAGCCCCUUGAAGCACCAGUUCUCGAUGCCAACGGUUCCCUUCCCAGAGGAUCUGCUCUCCCGGGAGGAACUCAUACACAUAUACUUAAAGAAUCCUAAGCUGAGGGAAAAGCAUAGACAAGGCCUAACUAAAAUUCUGGCACAAGAUGUCCCAAUUGAGAUCAAACCUGUAAAUCCACCCGACAUGUAUGAGCGGGAGCCACAAGAGCCGCGACAGAUGUUCUGGGUACGAGCCAAGGGUGUUAUAGGUCCUGGAGACAUGAAGUUGCACUGCUGUGUAGCUGCCUAUAUUUCAGAUUAUUCCUUCCUGGGAACAGCUGCCCUCCCACAUCUUAAUCUUCGAAUGGCAUUUAUGGCUUCACUUGACCACUCUAUGUGGUUCCAUGCUCCGUUCAGGGCAGAUGACUGGAUGCUGUACGAGUGUGAAAGCCACUGGGCUGGUAACAGUCGUGGCCUAGUGCAUGGCCGCUUAUGGAGAAGAGAUGGUGUCCUAGCCGUCACAUGUGCCCAGGAAGGUGUAUUCCGAGUGCGUGAGGAUCCUCCCAAAAGCAAGCUUUGACCCAAAGCAUGCUGAUCAUACGACUAUCUGAAUGAAGACCGAAUCGUUGCAUUCCCUCCCUGUAACUAGCCCUGUCCAUAUACCUCUGCACUAAUGUUUUCCAUGGGCUCUAACUUUAAACCGUUGUUCAAAUUGUAAAUAAUCAGAAUAAAUUUUUAAUUUAACUUUA